AAAAAAUAACACCCUCCUUGUGAUGUGCUUAUGAGUCAGAGUUCCCAAAAGCACAGCGGAGGAUACGGACCAGUAGAUACAGCUCACUGCAGUAGAGGAGACGAGCAGAUGCGAUACAGAUAUUCCUCCAGUAUGGAUCUGACAGAAGAGGAUGACUAUGAUUACCACAACAACCUCACCCUGAACUACAGCUACGAGGACUACCACACCGUGUGUGAGAAGGCUGACGUGCGCUCCUUCGCUGGCCUCUUCCUCCCUGUGGUGUACGCAGCCUGUGUGGUGGUGGGGCUAGCCGGGAACUCCCUGGUGCUAGCUGUGUACGCCUACCACAAAUGUCUGAGAAGAAGCAUGACGGAAGCCUUCCUAGCCCACUUGGCCGUAGCCGACCUCCUCCUCCUCCUCACCCUGCCCUUCUGGGCUGCAGACGCGGCGCUGGGCUGGGAGCUGGGCCUGCCUCUCUGUAAGCUGGUCUCGGCUUGCUACGCCAUCAACUUCACCUGCUGCAUGCUGCUGCUAGCCUGUGUUAGCAUGGACCGCUACCUAGCAUCUGUUAGAGCGGAGGGCAGGAACCAGGGAAGGCUGGGCAGGGUCUUCACCCGGGCGCACUGUGGGAAGGUCUGCCUAGGGGUGUGGGCUGUGGCUUUUCUCCUGGGUCUUCCCGAUCUUCUGUUCGCCACAGUAAGGGAGACUUCCAGGAGGAGGGUCUGCAUGGCCAUCUACCCGCCCAGUCUGGCCCGGGAGGUCAAGGCCUGCCUGGAGGUGGUUGAGGUCCUACUGGGUUUCCUGAUUCCUCUCCUGGUUAUGAUGUGGUGCUACGCCGGCGUGGGGCGUGUGCUGAGGCGGCUGCCCGAGGAGAGCAGGAGUAGGAGGCGGAGAGCUAUCCGGGUGUUGCUGGUCGUGGUGGGGUUGUUCGUGGUCACCCAGUUGCCCUAUAACGCGGUGAAGAUGUGGCGGGCGAUGGACUCGGUCUACACACUGGUGACCCACUGUGGUGUGAGUAAGGCCCUGGACCGGGCGGCACAGGUCACUGAGAGCCUGGCUCUGACCCACUGCUGUCUCAACCCACUACUCUAUGUCUUCCUAGGGUCCUCCUUCAGACAAUAUGCGCUGAAAACAGCCAAGGCGUUUGGAGAAAGGACGAAGAGGAGAAGGGGGGAGCAGAGAGAGGACGAAGGAACGGAGAUGUCCUUCAACUCUCACAACACUGCCUCUCAGGAGACCAGCACCUUCUCCAUAUGAAAGAGAAGAGAGGGGGGGGGGGGAGGAGAGAGAGAGAGAGAGAGAGAGAGAGAGAGAGAGAGAGAGAGAGAGAGAGAGAGAGAGAGAGAGAGAGAGAGAGAGAAUAUUUUUGGCUAACACCUUUGUAUCACAUGAGAUUCUAGCACUUUUAUAGAAUGAGGACUUCCUCAACCCACCAAAUACCCGCCUCCCCUCAAGAAAGCCAGUAUGGAAAGAUCUACCCAAUGAUGACUUCAACAGACAUCUGACCUGGACACAAUGGGAGUUACCGGACCUGACAAAUAAUCACCUCAUCCCCACCCCCACGCAACAUCCCCCUGGUUUCAACCUCCCCGGGAAGGAGGGAUUCACCCUCAAUAGGUUCAGGACUGGCCACGGCCCAUACCUCGCCAACCUCCACCAAUGGGGCAUGAAAGAAAGCCCACUAUAUGCCUGUGGGGUGGCGCAAACCCUGCACCACAUUCUUGAAGUCUGUCCAAUCUACAAACUCAGCGGAGGCCUCCUCACCCUUAAGACAGCGGGACUGGAAGCAAUCACUUGGCUAAAAGAUCUGAUUCAUAAUCUUGCUUCAGUGUAUUAAGAAGCUAUCAGUGCUGUAUAACCAGAUGCUUUAGUAUCAUUAAUACUAUAUAUCUGCUGCUAUGGAAUUAUUGAGCCCAACCAGGGGAAGGGUAAGGGCUAGCCUGGUCCCAGAUCUGUUUGUAAAUGUGCUGUCGUGCCAGCUCCUAUGGUCAUUGUCAAGGGGAAGUGACAAAACAGCACAAACAGAUGGGUUUAGGCUAAGGAGACGCAUUCCAGUUAUCAGAAAGGGUCUAGCAUUAAAAAAAAACGAGUAGAUUCAUGCUCUACCCUGCAUCUUGAAACCACAUUUUUGUUUUGACACCAGCCCUUGUCCUCAGACAUGUGGUUGACAAUGACCUCGGGGAUAGGGAAGUGUUUACAUUCCUGUCUUUUUCUCUCAAAACAACGAUAAGUUCCAGAUGUUAAUUAAAGCGAAAUGAUAGGGUUGCACAGAACGCAAACACACACACCCUCUCGAUUGGCCUAGCAUGGUGGGGAGUUCACACUUGUCAGUGGGGCCAGGGUACAUUGUAAUCGUGUGAGAUAAGAAAAUGUCCAUUUGAAGUUGUAAGUUACUCGUACUAAUAGCAGUCCUCUGGGAUGGGCGGUGCCGCUAAUUACAAUCUCAUUAACUCAUUCCUCAAAAUGUCAGCCACAAUUUACCAAAAACAGGUCAAUCUUCUCCACUCUCUAAAAAAACAGCUGCAUUAUGUGGGGUGGGUCAGCCUGACCUCAGAGCCAUACAAGACAUAUCAUAUGUAUUUUUGACCACCUCCAGAACGUGAUAACUACAAAUGAUCUAGUUACUUUAGACAGAAACGAAACUAGGGAGGUUGGUGAGGGAGGAUGGGUGGGUGUAAUCUGCGACCGUCUAGCAAUCCAAAAGGUUGCAUGUUCUUGAGUCGCGUCAGUGAUAACUGUAGCAUCUUAGCUAACCCUUCCCCUAACCUUUAUUCUAAAUGUGACCCAUUUCACCUAACCUGCUACAGAAAUAUAACAUUUACAUAAGUAUUCACACCCAUGAGUCAAUACUUUGUAGAAGUGAUUACGGCUGUGAGUCUUUCUGGGUAAGUCUCUAAGAGCUUUCUUUGCACACCUGAAUUGUGCAACAAUUGCUCAUUAUUCUUUUCCAAAAUUCUUCAAGCUCUGUCAGAUUUGUUGUUGAUCAUUGAACGACAACUAUUUUCAGGUCUGACAUAUAUUUUCAAAGUAGAUUUAAAUCAAAACUGUAACUCAGCCACUCAGGAACAUUCACGGUCUUCUUGGUAAGCAACUCCAGUGUAUAUUUGGCCUUGUGAUUUAGGUUAUUGUCCUGCUGAAAGGUGAAUUAAUCUCCUAGUGUCUGGUGGAAAGUAGACUGAACCAGGAUUUUGCCUGUGCUUAGCUCCAUUCCGUUUAUUUUUUAUCCUGUGGCGACAUAGGCGGAUGAAAUGAACUGAUGAAAUGAACUGAGACGCAGCCCACGCAAAAAAACAUAUCUCUAUCUUAAACUGACAGAUUUUGAUGGGGAUUUUAUUAUGUUUCUUAGAUUGACGCACCGGUGCCAGAACAAAUGUACUCUAUUGGGGUGUUAUUUUCUAAAGUACUAUUCUUGGGAUCAGAGGAAUCUCUAAAGAUGUCAGCCCUGGGAACAAUGUCAAUCCCUCAGUCUCAAAACUAAAGACACUAAAGACCAGCAUCACCCGAAGACCCAGAGACAUUGUUCGUAAUACUCAGUUUGUAACAUGUUUCAUUUGCCUUAAGAGUGUGGUAGGAAAAAUCUAUUAUUUCACCUGCUAAAGACCAGUGAGCCUUUCAAAAAACCUGAGGCAUCUGCUCUGUAUAUUACACAUUUUUACAUGAUCAGUCGAUGCUCUUAGCCAAAACCCUCUGUUGUGGACAAAAUGUUGAGUAACAUCCCCACUCUUUCCACCCUAAAGAAAUCUGUUAGGUACAUUUAUUAUUCAGCUCCUUGUCUGCUACCACCUCAGAAAUUCGCCCCAUUGCGAGUGAGCAGCAAGAUUGAGACUGGCUUUUAAACACUUGUUAGUUGUUAAAGGUCCAGAACAGUUAUUCGGAUUCACGUGUAAAAUAGCCUUUUGAGUGACUAAAAUAUCCCCUAUACUUGGCAUAGAAAUGCUCAAAAUUUGAGAAAAACUACUCUUUCUACCAGAAAUGUUGAAAAUACAGGCUGAGUGGGCAGGGAUCUUACUUACUGAAAUUCCUAUGUCAAGAAACUUGGAUGCAGUGAGCAGUGUUGCAGUAAAAUCAUCUCAUGCUAAUUUGGUGAUACACAAAGCAACUCAAACAUUGCAAUUGCAUCAAUUGUCUCUUGUGAUGAGGUUCACAGCAGCAGCAGCGACAGAUGUGUUGACAUGACAACUGUGUCAGAGUUUUGAAAGACUCCUCCUCCUUUUUUAUUCCAUGCAGGCUGAAGACCUAGCUAGCCAGUAACUAGUCUAAACUUUUAAUUGUAUUUGCUGACACCCUAUCUGGUACCAUCGGAGAUUGUUGUUGAAAUGCCUUGUUUUUACACUUUUUUUCUGUACAAUGUCAACAAAUAAACACCAUUCUUACUCAGAAA